UGGCGCGGGAUCUUCAAGAAAAGUCUAGGACUCCGUCCUACUCGUCGAGACCCAAAUACUCACGUUGUUACGCGGGCUGUGUGCAUGUUGUGCGUGAAUGUGGGGAGGGAGACUCAGCCGGCGCGGGGACGCAGGUCACGUGGUCCCCCCGUCGACGAGCAAUUUUUCCAGUUUCCCUGGCGGGUCGACAACAUCAAGAGUCAUCAUCUCUGCUUCCACCCGAGAAUAUGGGCCCAGCAC